UACACUAAACCACAUUAUGAUGAUUGUGUGUUUUCCCUGCAUUCAGUACGCCACAAUGGGUGCAACAGCAAAGGUAUUAUCUACUUUUCUCUGUUUGAUUACCACGUGCAUAGCAUUAAAUUAUAUAGUUCCAGAGAACCUUCGAGUAGCAUGGUAUGGUAUAGUAGAACCACACGAAAACCCCUGCAUUUGUGAAACGCGCGUCGACCUAAGAUUUGCUCGAAGCAUAAUUUUGAAAACCGAAUUUCCCGACAACUCUCGUUUGAAGUGCUACAUGGGAUGUACAGCGGGUCGUAUGAAUUUCCUCGACAUGGCCACGGGCGAAUGGAGCGCGAAGGAGAUUAAUCGACAAAUGGCAGGUGUCACGUACAAGCUUGCAAGUAAUUGCAUCAAUCAGACAGCAGGAGGAUCAGAUUGGUGUCAGAGAUCUAUUGACAUAUUUAUGUGCAUUGUUUACGGUGUUACCGUUCCAGUAAUAGAUUACUGAUAUGCCAAUAGACUCAGUACACCUUAUCUGGAUGGAGUUGGUUAUUUAUACAAGUAGUAUAUUUAGUCGUGCUUUCACUGCAAAUGUACCCAAGUAAAGUAACGAUCUAUCUACAAACAUCAUCUAUAAUUACUUAAGUAGUGAUGCACACUACACCACAAAGAGUUUCUUAUAAUAAGUAAAACGUAUCAAUCGCAAUUUCUUCUUUCUAACAAU